ACAGCCUGCACUCCCGACGGCGGGGGGCGGGGGAGAGAAAAAAAAACCGCACGCGCGGGGCCGCCAUGGCGAUGGACGCCGCCGACCUGUUCGCCAAACUGCGAGCGGGAGCCCGCUUCGACCUCAAGCGCUUCGGCCGAGACGCCAACAGAUUCCGGAUAUCACAAUCAAAGGAUGCUACGUUAAGUGAAAAUUCAUUAGACCUUGAUUUCUUCAAGAAUCAAAAUGCCAAAAGCUGCAAACCUGUGGGCAGCAUAUUUCAAAGCAACCAGGAGGGGGAGGAUUGUGAGGCUGAGUUGGAGAAUGAGUCGUCUCCACCUUCAGGGAAAAGAAACGUUGAGGCAGAACCAGAAACGGUGAAAAAGAGGAAAAAGAGGAAAGAGCCUGGAGAGACAGAGCCCAUUUUUGCCGACACCAUGGAAGAUGAUGGGAUAAUGCUGAUGUCCUCCUUGGGAAACAGGAUGAAGGGAAGCAGUGAAAACAAAAGCACAGAGCCCAGUGCUCAUAGUCUGGAACGUCAGAGACGUGAAAAGGUAAACAAAUUCCGCCGUGUGCAUCGCAUUUGCGUGCAAGGAACAGAUAUCCCUGAACCGGUUUCAACCUUCGAGCAGCUCCAGCAGGAAUAUAAAGUCCACCCGAAGGUCAUUCAGCAUAUGCAGGAAGCUGGUUUCCAGACCCCUACUCCCAUACAGAUGCAAGCCAUACCGGUCAUGCUACACAAUCGGGAAAUCCUGGCCUGUGCCCCAACUGGAUCGGGGAAGACAUUGGCUUUUUGUAUUCCUCUCCUGACCCAUCUAAGGCAACCAAUGAACAAAGGUUUUAGGGCUCUCAUCCUAUCUCCUACCCGUGAGCUUGCUAGCCAGACUCAUAGGGAGCUGGUGAAACUCUCUGAAGGUAUUGGAUUCAGGAUUCACAAGAUCAACAAAGCAGUUGAGGCUGCCAAAAAGUUUGGGCCUAAAACAUCCAAGAAAUUUGAUAUUCUGGUGACGACUCCAAACAGACUGGUUUAUUUACUGAACCAGGAUCCUCCAGCCCUGGACCUCAGCAGCGUGGAAUGGCUGGUGGUUGAUGAAUCAGACAAGUUGUUUGAAGAUGGCAAAAUGGGGUUCCGAGACCAGCUGGCCACCAUCUUCCUGGCCUGCACGUCCCAUACUGUGCGACGAGCUAUGUUCAGUGCCACAUUCGCAAAUGACGUUGAGCAAUGGUGCAAACUCAACCUAGACAAUGUGAUCUCAGUGACCAUUGGUACAAGGAAUUCUGCAGUGGACACUGUGGAGCAGGAACUCCUCUUUGUGGGUAAUGAAACCGGGAAGCUUCUGGCAAUGAGAGAUCUUGUCAAAAAGGGUUUUUCACCUCCAGUGCUGGUUUUUGUCCAGACAAUUGAUCGAGCAAAGGAGUUGUUCCAUGAAUUAAUCUACGAGGGCAUUAACGUUGAGGUCAUCCACGCGGAAAGAACGCAGCAGCAGAGAGAUAAUGUAGUUCGAAGCUUCAGAAUAGGGAAAAUUUGGGUCCUCAUUUCCACAGCGCUCAUGGCUCGAGGUAUUGACUUUAAAGGAGUGAACAUGGUCAUCAACUAUGAUUUCCCAACCAGUGCAAUCGAAUACAUUCACAGGAUAGGAAGAACUGGAAGAGCUGGUCACCGAGGCAAAUCAAUUACUUUUUUCACAGAAGAUGACAAACCUCUUUUACGAAG